AUGGCGAUACCCAGCAACUUUACACAAUCGGUGCUGCACCAGGGAGCCACCGAGGAGAAGGGCGAGAAUGCGCGGCUGGCCAGCUUCGUGGGCGCCAUGGCCAUCGCCGACCUGGUGAAGAGCACGCUGGGGCCCAAGGGCAUGGACAAGAUCCUGCAGAGCCUGAGCCGGGGGCGGGAGGUGACGGUGACCAACGACGGCGCCACCAUCCUCAAGUCGGUCUAUGUGGACAACCCAGCGGCAAAGGUGCUGGUGGACAUCUCCAAGACCCAGGACGACGAGGUGGGCGACGGCACGACGUCGGUGGUGGUGCUGGCUGGGGAGCUGCUGCGCGAGGCGGAGCUGCUGGUGAACCAGAAGAUCCACCCCAUGGUCAUCAUUGCGGGCUUUCGCGAGGCGGCCGAGGCGGCGCGGCAGCGGCUGGUGGCGAUAGCCCGCGACAACAAGGACGAUGCGGAGGCAUUCCGCCGGGACCUCAUCAACAUUGCCAAGACCACCAUCAGCAGCAAGAUCCUGACCCAGGAGAAGAGACACUUUGCUGAGCUGGCGGUGGAUGCGGUGCUGCGGCUCAAGGGCAGCACCAACCUGGAUGCGAUACAGAUCAUCAAGAAGCCGGGGGGGACCAUCAAGGACUCCUUCCUGGACGAGGGCUUCAUCCUGGACAAGCGCAUCGGCGUGGGGCAGCCCAAGCGCAUCGAGGGCGCCAAGAUUCUGGUGGCCAACACAUCCAUGGACACCGACAAGAUCAAGAUCUACGGGGCGCGGGUGCGGGUGGACAGCAUGACAAAGGUGGCCGACAUCGAGGCGGCGGAGAAGGACAAGAUGCGGGCCAAGUGCGAGGCGAUCGUGGGCCACGGCAUCAACGUCUUUGUCAACCGCCAGCUCAUCUACAACUUCCCCGAGCAGCUGUUUGCGGAUGCGGGGGUCAUGGCCAUCGAGCACGCCGACUUUGACGGCAUCGAGCGCCUGGCGCUGGUCACGGGCGGCGAGAUCACCUCCACUUUCGACGACCCCUCCAACGUCAAGCUGGGCACGUGCGCCGUGGUUGAGGAGAUGAUGAUUGGGGAGGACCGAAUGAUCCACUUCUCCGGGUGUGCUCUCAACGAGGCCUGCACCAUCGUGCUGCGCGGCGCAAGCCACCACGUGCUGGAUGAGGCAGAGCGGUCGCUGCACGACGCGCUGUGCGUGCUGAGUCAGACGGUGCGGGACAGCCGCGUCAUCUACGGCGGAGGCUGGGCAGAGAUGCAGAUGGCACGCGUCAUUGAUGACCUGGCAGCCCGCACCCCUGGCAAGAAGAGCCUAGCCACCGCGGCCUUUGCCCGCGCCCUGCGGCAGAUACCCACCAUCAUCUGCGACAAUGCUGGCCUGGACUCUGCGGAGAUUGUGUCCCAGAUGCGGGCGGCGCAUGCGGCAGACCCCGAGGCCACGUCCGCGGGCGUGGAUGUGACGACGGACGGCGUGGGCGACAUGCAGCAGCUGGGCAUCUUCGAGGCCUUCAAGGUGAAGCAUGCCGCGCUGCUGAGCGCCACCGAGGCGGCGGAGAUGAUUCUGCGGGUGGACGACAUCAUCCGGGCGGCGCCGCGGCAGCGCGAGGGCGGCAUGGCUGUGCUCGCAGAUAGCGACGUGCAGGCGAGCAUCGUGAAUGGCUUCAAUGCUCCCAAAAAUAGGCAAGCUGGGCGAUACACCUGGGUGGUAUCCCUGCGCGCCGACGAUGGCCAGGGAGACUGGCACUUUUGCAUGGGCGCGCUCAUUCACGAGUCAAUCGUGAUGACGUCGGCCAGCUGCGUGAGGGACCCCGAAACCGGCAAGGAUCUGCCAAAGGAGUAUUUUUACCCGCUGGUGCGCAUCGGCGGCUACUACCGCCUGAGCGACCGGGCGCGGGGCUACCAGCUGCGCAAAGUUGUGCAGACGGUGGUCAACCCGGGCUUUGUGACGGGCUAUGUGAACGACAACUCCAACAACGACAUCGCCCUGCUGCUGCUGGACAAGCCCUCCACCAAGCCGCCCAUCGGCCUGCCCAAGUACACGGCCAAGCCCAAGAUGCCGCUGCCCGCAAUGAGCAGCCUGCUGGCGGUGGGGUGGGGCUGGACCUCCCCAGACAUCCCCUCAGAGGCGGAGAUGCUGCAGGAGAUCCGCAUGAGCCUGCUGCCGCUGCGCACGUGCCAGCGGCUGUGGGGCAGGGACCGCAUGACCAACAAGUCUUCCAGCCCGCCCAUUAUCUACAACAUCCUCUCCAACUUCUUCAAAAACAACAUGCUGUGCGCCGCGGACGCCGAGACCUGGCCCCGCCCCUACGGCGGCGCCUGCUGGGGCGACGGCGGCGCGCCCUACUUCCGGCCCGGCCCCAAGGGGCAGGGCUUUGUGCAGUACGCCAUCGACAGCUACGGGCCUAGCCGCUGUGGCCGGGGGUCGUAUGUGGUAACGGAUGUGGCGGCGCUUCGCCCCUGGAUCGACCAGACGGUGCAGGGGCUCACCAGCAAUGAGUGGAAAGGACGCGUGUGGGGUGACCCCAACGUGCUCGGCUUUGACGGCUCCCGCUUCCAGACCACCACCCCCGCCGGCCGUCAGCUCGUGAUCCUGAACUGCACGGGUCCCAUGAGCCUCGUAGCCUCCCUGGCCAAGCACCCUUACCUGCCCAACUUCACCAUCAUGCGCCACAUCCGGUUCAAGUGGGGUGGCGAGGUUGUGGUGGGCAUCUGGAAUCACAAGACCUAUGUGACGGUGAACGGGGCCACGCUGCUGCCGGGGCAGACGGUGAAGAUUCUUGGCGGCAAGGUCCGGUACCGGGAGAGGCUGGCGCGGUGGAGCCAGUCCAUCACCAUCGUGCAGCUGAGCAUGAGCAUCCGCAUCAACCGGGUGUGGAGCAAGCGGGAGAAGGACUUUUACCACUGGUUCGACAUCUGGGUGUUCCUCACCUCCAAGCCCAGGUGGCCGCUGGGCGGCGUGCUGGGAGACACGUUCCCGGAGAUGAGCGUGGCAGCGGCCGGCAGCGACGACCUGGUCGGCGGCUUUGUGCUGCCGUCGGAGGGCUGA